AUGGAUUUUGACGAAGAGCAAGAUCCCAUGCUGAAGGAAGCGAUUGAAGCUUCCCUCAGAGAUGAUAGUGGCAACACCGGUCCUUUUUUGCCUUCGCAGGCGCCAAGAAAUGUUGUCGACCUGACCUACGAUUCUGACGAUCAAUCAGAUGUCAAGGAAGUCUUUCCAAAGUCUAAUUCUGUGGUGGAGUCCGACAGCGACGAAGAAGCUGAGCAAGGCAUGCAUGAUGAUGAAGCAGAGCUGAGGCGAGCAAUCGCCAUGUCGCUGCAAGACUUGCAGUCUGAAGUUGAGCCAGUGGAGCCUGGUCUCCUGGGCUUGAACCGAAAAAGAAUGGAGCAGGAACGUCUAGCCCGCAUCCAAAAGCGCAAAGCCCGGGAGUCUGCGUCUCCGCCAGGACAGCCCCAAGCCAAACUUUAUAAGACUGAGCCAAUCUCAACUGGCACUCCUUCUGUAUCUCAUGCCAAGCCUUCAUCUCCAUCAUCUUCGUCAAAGGACUCCAUAGCUAGAAUUAGGCCUACAGCGCGACUAGCCCUUCAGUGGCCGUUGGGAACUGUCAAAAAGACACACGUUGCCAAUACCAUCCGUGGUGACAAUGAGAUUACCAUCGAAGAGGUCAUACAGCGAGGUGACCUUGAACUGGGGAUCUUCAGCUCAUUUCUUUGGGACAUGGAAUGGUUUUUCACAAAGUGUGACACGUGGAGGACGAGAUUCCUGCUCAUCAUGCAUGCCAAAGAACAAGAAAUGCGCGAUUCAAUGUUGGAGGACACCAAGGAUAUGAAGAAUAUCCGACUAUGUUUCCCACCAAUGGAUGGCCAGGUCAACACCAUGCAUUCCAAACUAAUGAUUCUCUUUCACCCGGAGUAUGUUCGCAUCGCCGUUCCCACGGCUAACUUGACAAUGACGGACUGGGGAGAGGAUCGCUUAAUGGAGAAUACUGUUUUUCUCAUCGAUCUACCAAAGAAUGAGCCCGGGCUCAGCUCGCCGAACACAUUCUUUUAUGAAGAAUUAACCCACUUUUUAAAAGCCAGUACAGUGAACGAGCGCAUCCUUGCUAAACUUGCGGGCUACGAUUUCACCGAGACAGCCCGAUAUGCAUUUGUGCACACAAUUGGUGGGACCAGUGGACCCACCAACGAGACCUGGAGACGAACAGGAUACUGUGGGCUAGGUCGUGCUGUGAAACAAUUGGGAUUACGGACCUCUUCACCCAUCAAUGUUGACUACGUGGCCUCCUCCAUUGGAUCACUAAACAACGAAUUUCUUCGUGCCAUCUACCUCGCUUGCAAAGGAGAUGACGGUCUGGCUGACUACACACUGAGAUACGACAAGUCCAAAUCUCAUGCCCCUAACCCCGAUCAACUCAUGAUGAACUCUAGCGAGGAAUGGAAAGACCGCCUCCUGGUAUACUUCCCUUCAGAUGACACUGUCCACGGUGCACAUGACUCCCCAGAACAAACCGCAGGCACUGUUUGCUUUCAGUCAAAAUGGUGGCGGGGUCCGAAAUUCCCGAAGCAAGUGAUGAGAGAUUGUAUUAGCAAAAAGGCAGUUUUGAUGCACAAUAAGCUCCUUUACGUCUGGCCUUCCGAGCCAAUCGUCCUCCCGAACAACCGUAUAUGCAAAGGAUGGGCCUACGUCGGAAGUGCCAAUAUGUCCGAAAGUGCCUGGGGCCGUCUCGUCAAAGAUCGCCAAACAAACAAAGCGAAACUAAACUGCCGCAACUGGGAAUGUGGUGUGCUGGUUCCCGUUGAAACAUCUGUUCAGCAGAAUGCACAGGAUGCUAAGUCGCAAACUCAGCCCAAGCACCUUCCUACUGAGAUCUUCGAGGAUACCAUUCCCAUCCCGAUGAUGGUUCCUGCACCUCCGCUAGACGAGCGAAACAAGCCGUGGUUUUUUAUGGGCGAUUAG